CUGUUGUUGAAAAAUAAAACAAACUGAAGAAACAACAACACACGGGAUGGGAUAUAUGAUAGUCGAUCCUCUUCGGGAAAAAAUGUAGAAAUUUUAAUGGCCCAUCAACUUCUCUAUCAAGUGACCUUCAAAUAAGGGCAAUGUCUAGGAAAGCCGGGAUCGUUUUCACGAACCUACGUUCAUCUUUAGAUACGAGAGUUCCGAGUAAGCAACAAGUGGAUAUUGGUGUAACAGUGUGCUCUGGAACCCUUCAACGUCUUCCUGGAAAAUGUCCCUGUACACAUCACACAAUCCUGUCUUUGCAACUUUCAGCUUCUACGCUGCUAUGCUGAUAAUUAAGACUCUGUUCGUGGCUUUCCUUACUGGUUGGACAAGAUUCCGUAAGCAUGCAUUUCAAAACCCAGAGGAUUGCAAUAAGAUGAACAGGGGUAAAGUAAAAAUUGACGAAGAUGUCGAACGAGUACGACGAGCCCAUUUAAAUGAUUUGGAGAAUAUCCUUCCAUUUCUAAGCCUUGCGCUGCUCUACGUUGGGACAGGCCCGACUUUAGGCGCUGCCAAAUUUUUAUUCCGAACAUUCACGGCUGCUAGAUUCUCCCAUACUUUCGUAUAUGCGGUUGUUGUUACCCCACAGCCAGCCAGAGCUUUGAGUUAUAUUGUUGGUCAACUUGUCAACUUGUACCUGAUUUACACCAUUCUAACCAGUUAUGCUUCUGCUCUUUAACACGAUGCUCUCUGCAAAGUCGUUGUGUAACUGAAUAAAGCAGACUUGUCUAGCUUCUUUAAA